GGCCGGCGCUCCCCCCAGUUGUUCGUUGGGCGCCGUUUCUGGUCUCUCAGACCAUGAAGGACGCGGCGAAGCCCGCCAACCCUCCGAGCGCGCGGUGCUCGUUCGCCUCCCACUGGUCCUCCGCCUGCGCGUGGACACGUCGAUGGCGUACACAAGACGCGAGAUGCUUUUCGACGCGGCCGCCGCGCGAGGUCGAAGGCGUGCGCCUUGAUGCCGGCCGGGUCGUCCGGGAAUCCGAGCUUCUCCAGCGCGCCGAGGAGGUCGACCUUGCCCACCAAAGCGCGCGCGGACCGCUUGAUCUUGGCCGUGUCGAGCUUGAAGAAGCCAGAGUACUGCGACGCGUACAGCACGAUGCCGCCGACGGCGCAGCUCUUCAGCACGCCCGUGGCGACGCCGAUGACGGCCCGCGAGCACACGCCGGCCACGAUGCCGACGGCGGCCGUCUGCGUGAGGUCCACUAAAUCUCCGUCCCAGCCCGGCACGAUCUUGCGGCCCUUGAGCAUGUCGAAGGGCGACGAUGCUGCAGCCUUGCCGCCGCCGCGGAGAUCAUACAUGCGAGGAGCAAGGCUGCUGCUGGGCACCGCUGUGGCUGGCAACCGCAUGGCUGCAGCCACUGAGAGUGAGACUGAGAGCGAGGCAAUAAACGUCGCUGAGCAGCGCAUUUUUGCUGGGAUGCGGACGAGCGGUGUGACAGGCACUGCGUGCAGUGUGUAGAGGCAAUUCUGCUGCGUCUAAGGCGUCAGAAUCCUCGAAAAACCUGAUUGGCUGCACCUGGG